AUGGUGGAGCAAUUAAAAAAAAGCAUCCCAGAGGAGUUGGCCGCUGCUGUUUAUCCUGGACCCACAGCUGGUUCUGGUGUGGAAGAAGGCGAUGAGCACGACGAGCCACUGCAGAAAACUGAGGAUAAAAUUGGUGCAGGAAAUGUUUCGAGUCUACAGGAGUCAGGGCAACCUCCAUGGAUGAAAGCUCUAUAUUUUGCUGGAUUGUGCUCCAUUAACCUCGUUCUGCCCUUCUUCAAUGGUCUGAUGCUCGGUUUUGGGGAGCUGCUGGCUCACGAAAUUAGUUGGAAACUAAACUGGUUUAGAAAGACCAACAACGGCUACAAGAUCUAUCCCGAAGCCCGAAAACUGGCAGGACAGCGUCAGGCGGCUCUAGAUCAACAAAAAGAGCUGGAGAAGAGCGCACAGGCAUUUCUGUAG